UCACCGACAUCACGGUUUUGUCGUCUGUGAAUUGAAGGCGUUUGGUGACAACACACAGACACUGAACUUGUCACAGCAGGAUAUAGACAAGAAAAUUAGACAGAAACAGAGACGCCGUGUCACAGCUGGACAAGGCGGAGGCCAUGUUGUCUCACCUGGUGUCCGACAUCACUCCCGGUCUGCGCAUCACUAAGACCAUCGCUUUCCCCAACCUCACGGCUGAUCAGGUGCAACAGGCCAUCUCUGAAGACAUUCCUCUGACUGAGAACCUGUGUCGGUGUCUGGGAACAUCAGACCCCGCUGCCAUCCCAGGUCUGUGUCUGUGCUGUGAUCAGUUGUCUGACCCCCAGACACCGUGUGACGUCAGUAGUCACGUGCUAAGGGAACUGGGACACUGGUGGCAGCGACGUGUGGCUGGGGCUGGACCUGACAGUCGCAUGACUGAUGUGGUCUACAAGAUGUUAGUAGCGAGGUUCUGUGGUCCGGCGACAACAGUGAGUGUGCCAUGCACAUGUCCUCCACGUGUGAGUGUCAAGACCCUGGGUCAGGCAGUGUGGUGGACAGGAGAGUGCUAUACUGCUGUAAUCACACUCUUCCCGGAGCAAGUUCAACUUCUCAACAAGGCUUCUCCAAGAGUCUUUGUGGCCGGACCGCCCGGUACAGGUAAAACUGUGGUGCUGCUGCUGAUGGCCAUAGAGUGGCUGCGGUGUGGUCACCACGUCUACGUUAUCAGUACGUGGUGGGGGAGUCGUGCAGCGUGCAGCAUGUUGUAUCACCUGUUGCUGCAGACAGUAAAGAAGCAACUCGCACCAGAGGUAUUAGCCAGUCAGCUUCACCUCCUGCAUGUUAAUCUUAAUGGCGAAGAAAAAGUGGAGAAGGCCGUCAACGACUUGUCACAAGCUGCAAGUGGAGGAUCGUUGUAUGUCCUCAUUGACGAAAUUGGACACGAAGACAAGGCUUUCAUGGAAGCAACGAAAAUGAAACACAUCCAGACCUUCUGUGAGAAGUUGCUGGCACAGGUUCCUCGUCUCCAUCUUUGGGCGGCAAGUUGUUACCAUAAGAACUGUCCCCCCGGCUGGCGAGUGGAAUAUUUAACCAGACCUCUCCGCUCUCCACCCGCUGUUGUCAGGGAAAUCAAGAAAGAUACAGUUAUCACUAAGGGUGUUAGUAUCAAGAAAUACAGUGAGCGAGGUGUGCCCGACCACACAGACGGCCCGCCAGUCACACGAGUGUCUCACCGAGGGCAGGGUCACUCAGGUCACAGGCCAGGUGACUGUGUCACGUGCGGUCGUGAGGUGGCCAGCUUCCUACACAGUCUCCGUGUUGGUGUUACGGAGAUUAAUGAGCUGACAACAGUAAACACCGUCACUUCAACAACUUGCGGCACACCACCCUGUCUACAGUGGAGAGACGUGCUGGUGUUGAACUGGGGUUACUUUAUGUUCUCGGGUAUGGUGACAGGACUGCAAGAAGCGGGUAUCCCAGUGCGGGUGAUGGAGGAUGAUGACAUCGAGGACGUGGCUACGGCCCGCAGUGACGUGGUGUGGGUGGCGGACGGGGAGCUUGUUCGUGGUCUGGAGAGAAAAGUCGUCGUGUGUCUGCAGUACGAUUAUCGGUCCCUGUAUGGUGACGUCACAAGAUCUGAGGCUUCAAGACUUCUCGCUCCUGUUAGGUCUGACAGUUUCCACUCCAUAUCCCGGUGUACAUCACAACUCGUGAUUGUGGAGUAGCCACUCGCCACCUGAACAUACUUCACACUCCCUCACCUGUCACCUGUUGUAGUCUCAUGUCUGUCUCCAUCACACCAACAUCUAUAAUCAGUUGUAACAUUGUAACAUUCUGCUUUAGUGUGCGGGCUACUGUACUCUGCUAAACGACUGUAUCAACAGUUUGUAUCCUGGAAUGUGAUGCAUGUUCUCGAAAAUGAAGUACAAGCUACUUUUUUAAAUACAUAAAAUACAGAUAUACUAGAAUAGUAUUGUUGUGUUCUAUUAGCGAAAAAUUGUAAAUGAUUGUAGACAUGCUUUGUUAUAUCACAUACUCGCCGUGUACCUUUAAACACGUGAAUAUUGACAAUGCUGCAGUACCUUUCCUCAUCACAUACUUAUACCCUAGUGCACCCUAACCCUAACCCUAACCCACAUAAAUACAAGUACAUAAGACUAAUACAUGAACCAAUCAGACUGAAGAGGUAUGACCAUUGAGCAGCUCACAGUUCCAGUACAUUCUACAGACUCAAUCCACCACUCUCCAGUCUGGCAUCAUGGCGAGGCGGGAAAUGUUGAGAUUCCAGUUGUGUAAUGAACGAUACAAAGAACCCACCGACAGCAGAGCCACCAAUCCACAGAUAGUUUACAAUAUGCGCAUGUUUAAAAAUCUGCCAACGAAAGUGUUGAUGCUGUUCUAAUGGGACGGCAAUACAGCUGACAACGAUGAACAUUUGUCUGUUUUAGAAACAGAGAUAACUAUCCAUGGGGUUGACUGCUGCAGGAAGUCAUUGACGACCUUGGCCAUGUUCUGUCUGUCGUUUUCGUCCUUAAGACCGACGCCUGGUCCAACAGCUUGUAGUGCUGACAGUACCCGAGUCUGUAAAAUAGUAUCUCUGUAUGCCACACCUGUCCGGUUCUCUUGUACGAGGUAGUUAGAGGUGAGGUAGGCCGUCACAAUUCCAACCCACACCAUGAUGGAUGGACCCACCACCAUAAUCAUCACACUCCACGACAGUUACAUCGUAGUAACGGUCUAACUGUCGUCUCCAGACGUGGAUUUGGCAAUUGUGGCAAGGUCUGGCAAAGCGACAUUCAUGAGUGAAGAGGAGUGAGGUCCACUGUUGCCGUAUCCAUGUCUCAUGGCAGGUGUCAGGACAAGGGACAGCGGGUCUUCUUGGCCGAAGGUUGUUCAUUUUGGACCUGUUGAGUAUCGCCUUGUCACUGACAGUUAUGUUGGCGACUAUCCCCUGGGUGUGCUGACCGUGGCUGUUGUCUGACUCAGAGCCGACAGAACAGUGAACCCACCCUGCUAUUUAGUGAUUGACUGCGGGCGUCCGGGUGUCUUCGCUCUGCAAAACUUCCCGUUGCAUUAUAGUGGUCAUUAUAGAGUUUGACUAACAGAGGGAGCAAGUCCCUAUUGGCAGCCAAUUUCUCCAACAACUAAACCCUCUACAGGCCUACAUUACAACCCUCCUUCGUCUCUGAGUCAUGAUUAAAAUGCCACAGCAACUUCACUUUACAAGACCUUGAAUACAUUUCUCACUGUUGAUACAAACACGAUUAAUAAUAAUGUAGAAAAU